AUGCCAAAGUUUACCCGAAAAAAUAAAGCCUCUCGGCCAUCUCCGAAGAGCGCUGCUACAGAUGAUAAUAUGUCAAUCGAUGAUGGUGUCAGCGUCUGCAGUAAUAUUUCUGAUGGCACAAGUUUAUAUGAUGAAUUCGAAGUUUUUAAUCUUCCAGGUGCUGCUAAUACCGAUCCAAAUGUAGAUAUGUCAUCUGAUGAUUUGGAAUCAAAACUUGAUACUUCUAUUGUAGAUAUAAGAAAUAAAGAUUUGAAAACACGUGAAACAGCGUUACGGACAUUACAGACAUUGUUCUCACAAAAAUAUAUGUACGACAUGAUUCUUAGUCGGAAAGAAAAUAUCAUCGAACAGUUAUUAGCUUGUCUAAAGAAAGGGGGUGAAGUUGAAGGAAGAUUAGCACCACAUGUUAUUUCAUUAUUUAUGAUACAACUCGGUAUUCAAGAUGAAGAUUUAUAUCAAAGAUUUCAUGAUAUUCUAUUGACAAUAGUUCGAGAUAAUACGAAACCAAGUAGUAUACGCUCAAGUUGUGCUCAUGCCAUUGGUAUUACAAAUUAUAUUGCUGGCGAUGAUAUACUGAAUACCUAUGAAUUAACAAAAUCACUUGAAAAUAUAUUUUCAAAAUCUUAUUUAACGGAAGAUGGAACAGUAGCACCAGUCUCAAAUGAAUUACAACAACUUCAUACAGCAUGUUUAUCAUCUUGGGGUUUAUUAUUGACAGCUAUGCCUGACGGUCAAGCAGAUGAUCUUCUCAAAACAUAUUUGGUAAAAAUACCUGAUCUAAUUGAAAGCAACGAUGCUGAACUGCGAAACGUUGCUGGUGAAACAAUCGCUGUUAUGUAUGAAAUAGCACGAGAUAUAAAUAGUGUUUAUACAGAACCAGAUGAUUAUCUGUUAGACUUGUUACAAUUAAAAGCCAGUGAAAGUGCAAAAUAUAAAGGAAAAAAAGAAAAACGUUUACAGCGAGCUACGUUUCGUGAAAUUUACAAUUCAUUUGAGCAAGGAACGUCACCUCAAUUUGAAGUUAAAUUCGGCCGAGAAACAUUAGAGAUUAACACUUGGAUUAAACGAUUACAUUACAAUACCUUUAGUCGUUUAUUGGGCACUGGAAUGAAUACACAUUUAAAACAACUGGCAAAUAAAGCUGCAUUUAAAUCCAGAACACAAGCACUGAAAAAAACACGUGAAAAUAAACAAACUCGCACAUAUCAUGUUGAAGAUUGA